UGCAGACUUGCAUGCAACACAAUUUUUAGCUGUGAACUUGCGUUCAUUCUACGUCCCAACAAUGGUUGGUUUCAAUGGUAUUCGUGUACCCUUGAUGAAACUGAUCUUCUUCCUUUGUCUCAACUUCCCCACUACUACUCUCGCUGCCGGUGAUGACCACCAGCGGUUCAUCUAUUCCGGCUUUGCCAGCUCAGCCAUCAUCGUCAAUGGCUUGGCCGAGGUCACCCCGAAUGGCCUCCUCCAUCUCACCAACGGCACGGCCCAGCUCAAAGGCCAAGCUUUCCACCCGACCCCGCUUCACUUCCGCAACAACCAGUCGUCCCUGAACGCCACGGUGCAGUCCUUCUCCGCCGCUUUCGUGUUCGCCAUCCGCUCCAUCGCCCCUGGAGUGAGCGCGCACGGCCUCACCUUCUUCGUCUCCCCGACCAUGAACAUGUCCAGCGCCUUCUCCAACAAGUUCCUCGGCCUCCUCAGCAAGAAGAACAUCGGCAACUCCAGUAACCACAUCUUCGCCGUCGAGCUUGACACCGUCUUGAGCAGUGACAUGCUCGAUGCUGACGACAACCAUGUCGGCAUCGACAUCAACGACCUCCGCUCCGUCAAGUCCCACUACGCCGGCUACUACGAUGACACGAGUGGUAACUUCCACAACCUGACCCUAGCUUCCUUCGAGGCGAUGCAAGUUUGGGUGGACUACGAUGGGGGGAGCAAAAAGAUCGAUGUGACCUUGGCUCCUCUUCAAAUGGCCAAACCCAAGAAGCCGCUGGUGUCAACUACCUAUGACCUCUCAACAGUUCUCAAGGAUAGAUCAUAUGUUGGCUUCUCAUCUUCGACUGGCAUUCUUGACUCGCAUCACUAUGUGCUUGGCUGGAGCUUUGGUAUGAACCAACCGGCCCCAGGCAUUGACAUUAGCAAGCUGCCAAAGUUGCCACGCAUAGUCCCUAAGCCUCACUCCAAGCUCUUGGAGAUCAUCUUGCCGGUAGCUUCUGCAACCUUCGUCCUUGCUCUGGUCACUGUUAUCUUUCUAGUGAUACUCAGAAAAAAGAUAAGGUAUGCUGAGCUACGCGAAGAUUGGGAAGUCGAGUUCGGGCCACAUCGGUUCUCGUACAAGGACUUGUUCCAUGCGGCAGAAGGGUUCAAGAACAAGCAUUUACUUGGCGUAGGAGGCUUUGGGAGGGUGUACAAGGGAGUUCUUCGGAAGUCAAAGUCCGAGGUUGCGGUGAAGAGGGUGUCGCAUGAGUCGAGGCAGGGCAUGAGGGAGUUCAUCGCCGAGGUUGUUAGCAUGGGCCGCCUACGGCACAAGAACAUCGUCCAGCUACUUGGGUAUUGCCGGCGCAAAGGGGAUCUUCUUCUGGUCUAUGACUACAUGCCCAAUGCUAGCCUUGACAAACAUUUGCAUGAUGAUACCGUGCAAACUUUGGAUUGGGCUCAGAGAUUCCGCAUCAUCCAAGGUGUUGCAUCAGACCUACUCUACCUCCAUGAAGAUUGGGAGCAAGUUGUCAUUCACCGUGAUGUCAAGGCAAGCAACGUGCUCCUCGACAGCGAGAUGAAUGGGCGGCUAGGCGAUUUCGGCCUUGCGAGGUUGUACGAUCAUGGCACCGACCCGCAAACCACUCAUGUGGUUGGCACCAUGGGGUACAUAGCUCCUGAGCUGACGCGCACGGUCAGAGCAUCCACUCUCACCGAUGUCUUUGCCUUUGGCGUGUUUCUUCUCGAGGUCACAUGUGGACGGAAACCCAUUGCACAACAGGAUGGGCAAGACACGGACACCCCCUUCAUGCUGGUAGAUUGGGUGCUUGAGCACUGGCAGACAGGAUCACUCCCCAAUGUGGUGGACGCGAGGCUUCUGAACAACUACAGUGUCGAUGAGGCGUGCCUAGCUCUGAAGCUUGGAUUUUUUUUAAUACAAUUUUUUACUCAAAUUACACAUUAAUACUUUGGAUUUUAGAAUUUUCAAAAAUAGGUUACUGUCGUCUACCCAGUAGACGAAAUCUAGAUUUCGUCCACCGAGAGGACGAAAUACAGAAAUUUCGUCUUGCCGUAGGACGAAAUUAGGGAUUUCGUCUAUCCGA